AGAGAUUUGAAUAUACAACGACAUGAUCUCGUACAUUCAUACCCCUCGAAUGUUGGAAAACGAUUCUGUUUUUAAAUAUACGCGGUCGUUAACUUCUCGCUUCCAGAAACAUCUUCAGUUCGAUUAAAGUUGCGCACAGCAAUUUUAUACCGUCACAAUAACAUCAUAGGUUAACGAAAAUGACAGACGAAAAAACGCAAACACAGGAGUUUAAAUUAGAUCCAGAUUGUGAAUUACGAUUUGAAGUUGAAACAAAAAAUGAAAAAGUUUCGCUAGAGUUAAAGAGUGGAUUAGCUGAAGUUUUUGGUACAGAAUUAGUGAAAGGCAAAAAAUAUGAAUUUACUGCUGGUGCUAAAGUAGCUGUAUUUACUUGGCAAGGUUGUACAGUAGAGUUAGUUGGAAAAACUGACGUUAGUUAUGUAGCCAAAGAGACCCCAAUGGGCCUUUAUUUAAAUUGUCAUGCUGCAAUGGAAAGACUCAGGGAAGCUGCAGAGAAAGAAGACACUAGGGGUCCCAUAACAAUGGUUGUUGGUCCUUGUGAUGUAGGAAAAUCAACUCUUUGUAGACUUUUAUUAAAUUAUGCAGUUAGGAUGGGUCGUAGACCAAUUUUUGUAGACUUGGAUGUUGGUCAAGGUCACAUAGCAAUACCAGGUACUGUCGGGGCACUAUUAGUUGAACGUCCAUCAAAUGUAGUUGAUGGUUUCAGUCAGCAGGCACCAUUAGUCUUUCACUUCGGACAUAAAACUCCACAAGCUAAUGUUGCUCUUUAUAAUCUUCUUGUAACACGCCUCGCAGAAGUCUGUUCUGAUAGACUUCAAGCAAAUAAAAAAGCCAGAGUUUCAGGAAUAGUAAUAAACACUUGUGGUUGGGUAAAAGGAGACGGAUAUAAAUUGUUGACACAUGCUGCUCAGGCUUUCGAAGUAGAUGCAAUUCUGGUAUUGGAUCAGGAAAGAUUGUACAAUGAACUUGUUAGAGAUAUGCCAGACUUUGUUAAAGUUGUAUUUCUUCCAAAAAGUGGUGGAGUUGUGGAGAGAAGUCAAACUCAAAGGACAGAAGCCAGAGACCAAGGUGUCAGGGAAUAUUUCUAUGGUUCUAGGACACCGCUUUAUCCACACAGUUUUGAAGUGAAAUGGAGUGAGGCUAGAUUAUACAAAAUUGGAGCUCCAGUGCUUCCUGCAUCUUGUAUGCCUCUUGGAAUGAAGGCAGAAGAUAAUUUAACAAAAUUAGUAGCUGUUACACCUGGACCAAAUCUUCUUCAUCAUCUAUUAUCUGUUUCAUUUGCUGAUUCACCAGAAGAUGAUGUAGUGCAAACUAAUGUGGCUGGAUUUGUCUGCGUAACCAAUGUUGAUGUUGACAGACAAACAUUUACAGUUCUGAGUCCACAGCCAAGACCAUUGCCAAAUACAGUUUUAUUACUUUCAGAUAUACAAUUUAUGGAUAGCCAUUAACUUUUUAUAUGAAAUAUUUAAUGAGUUUAAUAAAUUUUCUAUUAAAAAGUG